AUGUCACAGUAUUCAGGGAAGAUAGUCUUCUUCGAGGGCAAGUGUUUCAUGGGCAGAAGGGUGGUGGUGUUUGGAGACUCUGAGAACUUCCAGGACCGUGGCUUUAUGAACAGGGUGAACUCCGUUCGUGUGGAGAGCGGGGCCUGGGUGUGUUUCGACCAUCCAGAUUUCAAGGGACAGCAGUACAUGCUGGAGAAAGGAGAGUAUCCCGACUUCCAACGUUGGAACGCCCACAAUGAUAACAUGGGCUCCUGCAAGCCAAUCAAAAUGCAUGGACAGCACUACAGGAUGGAGCUCUUUGAAAGUCAAAACUUUACCGGUCAGUGUGUUGAACUGUGUGAAGACUGUCCUUUCCUCCAGAGCACUGGAUUCGGCAAGAACAGUCUCAACUCCAUAAAAGUCUAUGGAGAUGGAGCAUGGGUCAUGUACGAGGAGCCAAACUACCGCGGACGCAUGUACAUUGUGGAGAGAGGAAACUACGGCUCCUUUAUGGACUGGCUAGCUGAAAAUCCCAACAUUCAGUCUAUUCGCCCUGUAUGA